GGAGUAGGAUGGCCGCUGCGCAGGGACGCCGUUGACUCCGCCUCACAGAGUCAUCUAGUAUUUCUUAUAUCUAUGCCUAAAACCCCGGUGUGAGUGAACCGAUAAUUCUGUCCGCCGGAGAAAGAAACACCCAGUAAAGGUCGGUACUUGGUGUUAUUUCUAGGAUUUCAUCUAUAGUUGACUUUCAAAACGUUAAUAUUAUACCUGUCCUGUUUAAUGAGUGAGUUCAGAUUAAUUUAUUGAUCCUUUAACGUUAAUGUUGACAAACGAGCUAACGUUAGCAUCAGUGUAGCCAUGACAGCCGCUCCGUCAGUUUAGACCAAACAAAAGAGACCGAGUCUCAAACUAAAGCUGAUAUUCUGUUCCAGCAGAGGACUGAGAGUGUAGAGAACACCGAGCUCUUUACAGCUGAGAGAUAAACUCAACAUUUUUAGACUGAUCACCUUUAAUCAAUACAAGCUGGCACCGACGGAAGCCGGGUGGCCGUUAAAAAGUCAAACCGUUCAGCGUUAAACCGAGUCCGGAAAUGUGGUUAUCGGUCUGAGUCUGUGAUCGGAGAAUCGAUUAAUUUAUCGACCGAUUUUACCUCCUCUGAGUGAAAGAAAACAGGACUGAGAACAGCAGAGAUUAACGAGAACAAGAACUGUUGAUGCAGGAAUAUGGAAAUAAAUCCACUAAAGGUGUUUAUUUUGACACUAAAAUAUCACCUACAUAGAGUCCUGGAGGUGUUCAGGUGCUGAAGGGAUGCAAAAUGACAGACAGUAACCCCUCCUGCUGGGUAUCUGAUUUACGUUGAGAUGGUUCGGCUGCAGUCAGACAAGAUUUCUCCUGACUCAGAAACAGAAGAGUUCAGUAUGUUGACUUUCCUCUGAACUGACAGCGUCUGUUUUGAUCGUCUCUGUUCUCAGGAACAAGUUUCACAGACAUCUUCACAAUAUCUGAAACGCUGGACAAGCUUGUAAGUAUUUCAGCCUUUUAAAUGCUGUGAGUUCAUCUAAUGCAGCUCAAACCUUUACACUCACACUCACACAUAUUCGACCUUUUCACCUGAGGUUCUGAUUUCUUUUCUUCCAGAAUCUUUCGAAUCUGAAUGGACAGGGCGGUCAGAAGUACACAGGUAUGACCCACAUCAGCUGACUGUUGCUUGGUGUUGUUGGCGUUGACAGAUGUGUGUGUGUGUGUGUGUGUGGUCUCAUGGUUCCCCUGCUCAGAUGAGUUUCUGAUGAAUCUUGUCCUCUGUGUAGCCCAGCUAGUGAAGCCCAUCAAAGGUUCAGUGAUGCCUGUGAAGAAGAAAAGGAAGGUCCUUGACACGGACGAUGGGCCCAAAUGUAAAAUAACCAGGUAAGCAGACAUUCACUCACGGUGUGGCUUCAUGUGUUUUUUUGUUGAUCCUGGCAGAACACUUCAAGAGCUAAAGUCCCUCUUUGUUUGUUUGUUGUUUUCCUCCUGGUAUCACUUGAGAUGACUGUUUUAUCGUUUGUUUGUUUUGUGUUUCAGUUUCACUCGACCUCAGAUCCGUGGGACCCGGCCGAUCUCGGACAAACUGUUCUCUGGGAAGAAGUGCCUGGCCUGGUUCGACAAGUACGCUGGUGCUGACAAGGUGGUCGGUCCAGAGGCCAUGGAGAAGUUCUGUGAAGACAUCGGUGUGGAACCCGAGAAUGUAAGCCAGCGUGUCCCUAACGUGAACCUCUCUGACAGUGUUUUAUUCUCUAAACGAACUAUCACUGAGCUCUAACUGGAGGAGGAGAAUCAGAACCUGAACACUGAGUGAUGGUGUUUCCUCUCCGUCCUUCAGAUCAUCAUGUUAGUUUUAGCCUGGCACCUGGAGGCAGCGAGUAUGGGCUUCUUCACUAAAGAUGAGUGGCUCAGGGGAAUGACGUUACUACAGUGAGAGCUUUGUAUUAUUAAACUCUGUAUAAAAAUAUUUAUUAAUUAUCGGUUGUAUUCAUCGUCUUUGUUCUGCAGCCAAUCAGAGCUCUGUGUUUGUUCUGGUCCCUGUAGAUGUGACUGCACAGAGAGGUUACAGAGUAAACUGGAUUACCUUCGCAGUGAACUCAACGACUCCAGUGUUUUUAAAAACAUUUAUAGAUAUGCCUUCGAUUUCGCCCGGGUGAGUCUGCUGUUUUCAAACAUUUCCAUAUUUCCGAUGAUGAAACUUUGCCGUCCGACUCUUCCGUGGUUUCUGGUCGGCUCAGAUUUUGGUGGUUUUUCUCAGGACAAGGACCAGAGGAGUUUGGACAUGGACACGGCCAAAUCCAUGCUGGCCCUGCUGCUCGGAAGAACAUGGCCGCUGUUCCCUGUCUUCCAUCAGUUCCUGGAGGUAAAUCACUGAACUGUGUGUGUGUGUGUGUGUGUGUGUGUGUGUGUGUGUUUGAGUUGGGACGUGUUCACAGUCAAAGAAGUAGGGCUGGGCGAUGUGGACCAAAAAUCAUAUCCUGAUAUAUUUAGACUGAAUAUCGAUAUAUGAUAUUUAUCCUGAUAUUAUUGUUGCAAAGUGAGA